CAUGCUUGUCAUGUAGGUCAGAUAUGUCCCUUUGCAGUAACAAGUCCAUGGGCUCAAUGCCCUCUUGGGCCUGGGGAUGUUUUCCUUUUAUGUCAACCUGUGCUCUAACAUACAGUAACUUGGUGCAAAUACCACUAGGCGAAGUUGAGCAAAAUGACGAUGCAAUCUCAACACAAUGCUUGUGAGACCACUGCAUGUCUAGAGGCUCAAACCAAUCUGGGGAAUAAUUAUUUGAUCUCAGCUGCAUGUGAACAACAUGAGCAAUUCGUUUUGAUGAGAGAACGAAAAACGUUCCCUGUUGAAUUUUUGUAGUUCCCUAAAUAUGCAAUAAUGACUGAUUUUGCCGAGAAAAAUUCAGUUUUUUUUUUUUUACUCAGAAUUCUCCACCUUUUCAUACAUAAAUACAUAUUCAGACAUAAAUAGAAACACUUGAGGUGAUACACCGGCUAACAAAAAGCUCGAUCCAAACUGCAAGGAGACACACAGAGGCGCGAAUGCAAACUAUACGAUGUGAAGUGUGUGCUUCAUCAAUAGCUCUGUUCACUUAUAUUGAUAAAUCCGCAGUAACAUACACAAGUGAAACGGCACAGGGAGACAGCGCAUACCAACGAUACUUGCAGCUCCAACCAAAGACGGGGCAGCAUUUUAAAUGGGUUUUAAUAUUCUAUUGACAAGCAGAUCUGCUGUUUUCCUGAAUUCACUAAUUGAGCUCGCGACUAAGUGUCCCUCUCUGUGCGGUGUGUGUGUGUGUGCGCGCAAUCUCGUCUAUGUUUGUGUGUGAGAGUCUGUGUGUGAAUCCACAUGUAAACGUUUGUAUGAGUGCGUGAGGAAAAAAACACUAAGGAAAAGAAUGUUUGUUUUAUGAUGUUAAAACGUUAGUGUACGAUCUAUGUGCACGCGAAGCAAUGACAGAGGGGUCAAAGCCCCGUGCGCCGGCCGUUUCCACCUCUCUAUCUGCUGCCAUCCAUCUUUCCAACAUAUAGCGCAUCAAACACCGCCACCCGGAACCUUACCCGCACUGUCAAUGACACAUUUCCCCGCUCCGCACGACUGCGUCUGCCCAUCUCAAAAGAUAGGCUAUCCAAACAUCUCCCCGAAGCGCAACAUUCAUUAAAGAUAUACUUACUGUUUUUCACGAGCCUGUCCCCCCUCUCUCCCUUCGUCCCUCCAUUCUUUUCACAUCAUUUCUUUUGAGGUAUCCUUGUUCUACUGGUUGUCCCCCCAGAAAUACAUGUACAUAGAUAUCCAACAUGUAUUCAGUUUCUCGAGCUCUUUCUCGCUACCUAUCACUCCCUCCCUUUCUCCCCUCUUUCGCUCUCUCUCUCUCCCUCUCCCUCUUCCCUGUUCUUUUGUUAAAAUUCAGUAUAUGCUCCCCGUCACCUAGCAACCGUCAACCCCUCUCUCUCCCUCCUCCCUCUCUCUCUCUCUCAUUCUUCGUCUCUUCCUCUCUCUAUCACCGGCGACACGUGUUGAAUGCUAAACUUAGCGGUGUGGAAUAGUAUUAAUAACACAGUCCUUUUCUCUCUUCUUCUCUCCCGCUCUCCAUCACCCCUCCCCUCACUCACUCUCGCAUAUCAUAAUGCAAUAUAAAUAUUUACUAGAACCACUCAGUCCUCUAUUGCGCUUGAACCCCCUCCCUCUGACUGCAUGUCCACCACCCCUCCCACUCUGCGUUUCUCUAGCGCCGUAUCGCUGUUUCUGCUUCUUCUAGCAAAACGGAGGUGUGCGCCUGUACACUAGCUGUCGACCCGACAACAUUAUCAAAUUGGUCAGCUUUACAUGAUCAGUAAACACAGCAGUGAGCAGAGUGUGGGAGGGGAGGGGGUGGAGGUGCUCCGCAACGAGCCAGACACACACCCCCAGCACGGCGUCGGCCAGGUCACAGAGAAGCGCGUCUACCUCAGCAGUAAGCUGCCUAACUGGAUGAAGGGGUUCAUCCCACGGAUAUUCUAUGUGACAGAGACGGCCUGGAACUUCUACCCUUACACCAUCACCGAGUACUCAUGUUCCUUCAUUCCAAAGUUUAACAUAAGGAUUGAGACGAAGUUCCAGAACGACAAUGGGCAGAGUGAUAAUGUGUUUGGAGGAAGCCCCACCCCAAAAGACAAUGUGUGCUUUUUGGACAUUUUGACAGAUCCAUAUCCUGAGAAGCACUACAAGACGUCAGAGGACCUCAGCAGCUGGGUGUCAGCGAAGACUGGGCGCGGCCCCCUGGUGGAUGGCUGGAGGAACAGCAGCAAGCCGAUCAUGUGCUCCUACAAGAAGGUGCACUGCAGCUUCGAGGUGUACGGAUUUCAGACCAGGACUGAGGAAUUCAUCCACAAGGCCAUCCGUGACAUCCUGCUAGUGGGACACAGACAGGCUGUAGCCUGGUUAGAUGACUGGCAUGGGAUGAGCCUGGAGGACGUGCGUGAGUACGAGAAACACCUGCAAGAAGAGACCAACAACAAACUCAAAAGCACAGAGAAUAAAGAAGCAGCCCCUCGUCCCGCCUUCUCUCGCUCCAUCUCGGUCACAGACGAGUGCUCUUUGAAGAAGAUGGGGGUGAGGACUGCAGCCAUCCCCAACUCUGCCACCUCCUCCUCCUCCUCCUCCCCCAAGUCCUCCUCCUGCUCAUCGAUGGAGGUGUCGAGCAAAGGGAGGCUGAAUUCCAUGCCAGAAUAACUACACCAUCCCAAACACCCCACCCCUUCUCACCAUGGUACUUUGGAGCCAUGUUCCAUAGACUGGCUUCACCUAAUGCCCUGCCUCCACCCCCAAACAAGCCAAUAUAAUGUGCCUUACAUCCCCUUCCCCAACCAUGUCUACAUAUAAAACAACUAAAGUGGCUGUGUUUAUAAAUAAGUGUCUUUCACAGCAAAUUCCCACAUACUCGCUGGUGCCUCACUAAGAUGCUGGCUAUUUAGAGAGACUCUUAGAGAACUUAUGUGGUUGACUCCUCGUUUCGUUCUACUUUUUUUUUUCACACUACUCAUUUAACCCAGAACAAACUGGUGGACAGCAGACAGGUGAAGUGACAAUUGAGUGCAUGCCAUGAGCCCUGGCUGUAUGCAUCACGCUGUGUCUCGAAUGGCAUUCCCACGCGUUCCGUUUAGUUAUUGAGUGAGAUGUCGAAUCAUUGGCUUCACGAUGUUCAUAAGCUAAAGGAGGCAACAGAGAAAGCUUGGUUUAUCCUUAACCUUGUCAAUAUUUUGACACGACCUGUUUAAUGACGCGUGACCCUGCCCCUAAAAACCAAUAGCAAUCGAAGUGUGAACAGCAGUAAUCAAACUGUGUGAUUACGAGAGAGUUAAAGUUACAGUGGACACAAGUGUAUGUAUAUAUUUUGUCAAUGUGAAACUUGCAGAAGUACAAUAAAUUCCCUCAGGCUCUA